CACUCAAACCGCAUAUAAAAGCAGGCGGGCACGGGAGUCGUUAGUGCUGGGUCUUCACUCGCCACAGUCUUCAGAGCUCUGGAAGUGAAGGAAUCCUGAGAUGGCAGACGUCAAGUUCUUCUUGGUGUUGGCAGCACUGACUCUUGCUUCUGUGUCGGCACGUCCCUCCACAGAAUGUAGUUGCGAUGGCUGUCUUUACCCAGACUUGAGCGACUGUUCUGCCUAUUGGAAGUGCCAGGGCGGACGCGCCGUGGAGCAGCGCUGCGACCACGGCCUCCAAUAACCCGACACCUCCCGCUGCGAGGCCGCCGUCAGGGUGGAGUGCUCGAAGACCGUCCGGCUGGUGGGCGACUUCGCCUCCGAGACGUGCGUGGACCGGCGCGCAGACUGCCCAGUCUUCGCCGCUGCUGGAGGAUGCGAAUGCCGCGGGGACGACUGCGACUGGCCGGCCUACGUCGUCAGCUCCUGUCCGAAGUCGUGCGACAUGUGCGGCGCGCAGAGCAAAUUCAAGCCGUGGUGGAUCGACUCGAGCGAAGAGGACUCGAGUGAGGAGGACUCGAGUGAGGAGGGCGGCUGGAAGCCCUGGUGGAAGGACUCGAGCGAAGAGGACUCCAGCGAGGAGAGCGGCGAGAGCGGAUCCAGCGAGGAGAGCGGCGAGGGCGGAUCCAGCGAGAGCAACGAAGGGGGCUCCAGCGAAGGAAACGGCAGUGGGGAAAAUGGCUCCAACGAAGAAACAGAAGCUCCUGAGACUAAGCCUCCUCUUCCACCCACAGCCGCCCCCACAACGCGACCACCUCUCCCGCCCACAGCCGCCCCCACAACGCGACCACCUCCCCCACCCACAGCCGCCCCCACAACGCGACCACCUCCCCGGCCACGACCCCCUGUGUCACCGCUGAACCUUGUGUCAAAAGUCACGACAAGCAUUGCCGUAAAGGAAACGGACGGUAUGCCAUCGACGGGAAGAAGACUGAAUAUUACCUGUGCCACUUAGGAGUAUCGUAUCUUCUUCACUGUCCCAAUGAAGGAACCUUUAACCGUCACACUGCGUCCUGUGUUUAUAAGGACCUUACUGCCAUUAAGAAGGUAGUCGCAUAGACGGCAAGAGAGGGCGUAGUUUGAGUUAGAAUAUAAGUAUAAGCUAGUUAAAUAAAGCUGUAAUCUGAAA